AUGGGUAAAAGAAAGUCUUCGGCUAAACCGCAAAAGAAAAUCAAGCAAGUAUUAGAUACUACCUUCUCGUGCUUGUUUUGUAACCACGAAAAGUCGGUCAUUUGUACUUUAGAUAAGAAGAAUGGAUUGGGUGAAUUACAUUGUAAGAUCUGCGGGCAAUCUUUUCAAACUGCUAUAAAUUCAUUAUCUCAGCCUGUUGACAUAUAUUCUGACUGGAUCGAUGCAUGUGAAGAUUUGGCCGAAGAAGCUGAAGGAGAAGGUGGUGAGACUGGAGAUUUCAAGGAAGAAGAGGAUAAUCUUAGUGAUGACGAAUACGGCUCAGUAAAGAAGGGUAGAAGAGAUGUCAUUGGAUCUGAUGAAGAAGAUUAUUAG